UUACCUAUUACUCAGGGAAAUAAAACUGACGAUUGUCGAUGCUACGGCAAUCUACCCAAACCGAUCGCUGAACCCUCCAAAGUCACGCGUCCUACACCUUGUUGUCCGUGUCCGUGUCCCGCUGAAAAAUGUAAAGUAACUUUACAAACCGUACAAAAGUUGGUCGAGGCAGAAAACAAAGAUAUUGAGCUGUCUGAACUUUUGGGUGGAAUCACGAUACUAGAUGAACGAAGACCAAAAAAGAAAAUAAUCGACAUGUACGACGCCACGUCCAAAGAAAACCGAGAGGACACCGAAAACAACGUUGAUCCGCAAUAUUUAGCGUAUAUAAUGAAAUCAAUCGAAAACGGGCUAAGCAUGAAGACUGAUCCGAUCAAAGUAUACGAACACCUUUUUUCUAGAGGUAAUCUCGAGGCUCCUCUCGUAGCACUCGGUCCUACAGCAGCAAUAUCAACAGAAGAUAUGGUCGUACCUUUGUCACCUCCGACCGUCGUCAACGUGAAGGAUCCGGAAAUGGAAACGGGCUCACGCUUGGACAGUAUUAUUCCCAGGCUGAAUGUUGCCGUGGCGGAAGCGGCGGCAAUAGAUAAUGUUGACGAUUUGCAGGUAUUGCUUGGUGGGAGUUUUCCAGACAAACAGGCGUCCAUGACCGACGAUCAAGAGGCCCCCCGCGACAUGUUGUUGGAAACUCGAGAGCCUUAUCAAUCGGCGGCUGUGCUUAGGGGGUCUACGCCUCCCAAUUGGUUCCCAGGCUACAACGUGGCUCUUCCAAACACCGCACACCCUGCUUUGGAAACCGACCCAGAGACCAUUUUGGACGAAGCCUGGUUUCACAGUCAACCUUUGUCAUUAAAAUUAGAAGAAAAGGGCGCUAAGCUCAUUGGGUCUUAG